AUGCGUCUUUCAUUUGAAACUCUAACGGUCGUUCUGGCCUGUCUCUCCACCAGCAACGCCCUCCAAAUCCCUCCCGAUACUCCGCUCUCCGAAUUGAUCUCCUCCGCCAAAGCGCAAUUAGCCAAGGGCUCCCCUCGCGAUGCAUUAAUAUACUUCGACGCCGCUAUCUCCCGCGAUCCAACAAACUACAUCACCAUCUACCAACGAGGCGCAGCCCACCUAUCCAUUGGCAAGAACCACCUAGCGACAGAUGACUUCAACCGGGUCCUGGAGCUGAAGCCGGGCUUCGAGGGUGCCCUUUUACAAAGAUCUCGACUCAAGGCACGGUCCGCACAUUGGGAUGAAGCCCUUGCAGAUCUCGACCAGGCGGGCAAAAAAGACAGCCCCGAAUACAAAGAGCUUGAGGAAGCGCGGGACGCGGCUGGUCUGGCCUUUGCCGCCGAGAAGAAGAGUGAUUGGGAAUCUUGCGUUACGCAGGCGGGCGUUGCUAUCUUGAAAGCGAAUACCGAUCUUCCUCUCAGGAAGACUCGGGCGCAUUGUCGGUUUGAGAGAGGCGAGAUUGAAGAGGGUGUUAGUGACCUUGCGCAUGUUCUACAGAUCUCGCCGAAACUUGUAGAGCCUCAUCUGCAAAUGUCGUCCAUGCUUUUCUAUUCGUUGGGCGAUCAUGAUCGUGGUCUGGCGCAGAUUCGGAAAUGUCUUCUCACGGAUCCGGAUUCGAGUCCUUGCAAUCGUCUUUAUAAGCGGGAACGUCAAUUAUCGAAAGCGUUGGGGAAGUUGCAUGGUGCACUUGAUGCGCGGAAAUUUAGCAAUGCCGUGAAGAUUAUGGUUGGGGAUGGUGAGGAUAGUGGGUUGAUUGAUGAUGUGAAGGGUGAUGUUGCAGAGGCACGCAAAGCAGGUCAUAUUCAUCCUGCGGCAUCAAACAAUCUCUAUGUCUUCCUUGUUGAGAAGACUUGUGAGGCAUAUCGAGAGAUGCGCAUGUUAAAGAAAGCUGCACCAUAUUGUGCCGAGUCUAUCCAGCUAGUCCCCCACUCUCUUCACGGCCUUCUAUACCAGGCCCAAAAUGAGCUGGACCAAGAUAAAUUCGAGGAAGCUGUUCGCACACUAAGCAGCGCGAAGGAGCACCACCCUCACUCGCAGGAAGUUCAAACCCUUCUGCAAAAAGCACAUGCCCUUCUGAAACGAUCAAAGCAAAAGGAUUACUACAAGGUUCUUGGCAUCAGCCGUGACGCAGAUGACCGGACUCUUAAGCGUGCCUAUCGCCAGUUGAUCAAGCAGCACCAUCCCGACAAGGCGCAUACCCAGGGCGUGUCCAAGGAGGAUGCUGAGAAGAAGAUGGCGGCUAUUAACGAGGCUUACGAAGUCCUGUCUGAUUCUGAGCUGCGAACUCGAUACGAUAACGGCGACGAUCCUAAUGAUCCCGAGUCGCAACAGCGAGGCCAUGGAUUCCAGGGUGGUUCACCUUUUGGCCAGGGUGGUGGCCAGCAGUUCUUUUUCCAGCAGGGUGGGCCGCAGUUUAAAUUCUCUGGUGGAGGCGGUUUUCCAUUCCGCUGA